GGGCAUCGGAUCUCUUUACAGAUGGUUGUGAGCCACCAUGUGGUUGCUGGGAAUUGAACUCAUGACCUCUGGAAGAGCAGUCGGGUGCUCUUAACCGCUGAGCCAUCUCUCCAGCCCAACAAAGCAGUUCUUACGGCAACUGUGCAAGUGGGAGAAAUGUGAGGCUAUUUUAUGGACAAUGGUAGCUAGCAGCUGUAAUAGUGCUUAUUCAAUACUGUUUACAGUUUAAACACGUAGCUGAAGAGUUACAUGCAUAAAGAUUAGGAUUUUGGCUCACUAUAAACAGCUUAUAACUACUAUAAGAUGGGUCAUGCUGUCCUCUAUUACUGUUAAGUCACAACUUAAUGGAGGAAGGCUCAUCAGUGCUGAUUUGAGCUAAUGCAGUGUACGGAAUUAAUCUUUCAGUACUUUUCUAACUUAGUGCUGUGCCAUCAAAACAUCUAUUCGGGUAACGACACAGAUACUUUUAAGUAGCUGUUGUUAUGCUCUCUUAGAAUCUAUAGUUUGGUAGACAGUAGCACCGUAAACCGAAAACCCAAAAAGGCUAGUUUUCAAAUUGGUGGAAAAUUAACAUAUUAACUAUUUCUGGGAAAAUACAGAGAUCCUUUGAAACACAUGUUCCUCUCAUGAAUUAUUCUCAAACCACGUGCUUCUCUCAUUGCACUGUUAACAUACAGGAAGGGCAGAGAUUCACUCUCUCCCUUCCCUACUUCAACUGUGCGUGGCCUCUACACACUUGGAGAGUGGGGAGCUUCCUCAGAAGUUAAGUUUGUGUGAUUCAGCAGUUCUGCUUUGUGGAAUGGUGUGGAUCUAAAACGUUCUUCCAAAAGUCAGUGCUAAAAGCUUGAUUGCCGUGCAAGAUGCUCUCAGGAGAUAGAGCCUACUCCUUAGGGUUGCAUAUCCCGUCUCCAGAUUGGUUCUCCUUAUUUGUUGUUUCUCAGCUGACAGUGAGGUGAGCGUGGUCUUCCUCCAUGUGCUCCCAUCAUGGUUCUCCACCUGAUCACAGUCCUAAAAACAUGAACUUUUUAUCGGAAAUGGUGAGCCAAAGCAACUUUUCAUCCUCUGAAAGUGUUCUUCAUGACAACGAUGAAAAGCUCACUUAGUAUAUAUCUGAAAGAAGUAAAAGCAGGAACAUGGAUGCAUGAACAUACAUGUUCACAGCAGCAUUCUGCACGAUAGCCACAAGAUAGAAGCAGUCCACAUGCCCAUAUCAAAAGGAAUUAUUUGUAGAGUGUAAAUAUGCUAAUGUUAAGUAAGACAGCAGGAGCUAUUCCGAGACCACCAAGGAGUAACGUUCGUGGAUUUAUAAGAAGAUUUAAUGUUCAACCUAGAGCACUUUUUCAUCAUAAACUGGUGCUGGGAAUUGAAACCAGCUGUGAUGACACAGCAGCUGCUGUGGUGGAUGAAACUGGAAAUGUGCUGGGAGAAGCACUGCACUCCCAGACGGAAGUCCAUCUGAAAACAGGUGGGAUUGUUCCUCCAGUCGCUCAACAGCUUCACAGAGAAAAUAUUCAGCGAAUAGUAGAAGAAGCUCUUUCUGCCAGUGGGGUCUCCCCAAGCGACCUCUCAGCAAUUGCAACUACCAUCAAACCAGGACUGGCCCUAAGCCUGGGGGUUGGCUUAUCCUUUAGCGUACAGCUAGUAAAUCAGUUUAAAAAGCCAUUUAUCCCAAUCCAUCACAUGGAGGCUCACGCGCUGACUAUUAGGCUGACCCACAAAGUCGGAUUUCCUUUUUUAGUUCUUUUGAUUUCUGGAGGCCACUGCCUGUUGGCGUUAGUUCAGAGUGUUUCAGAUUUUCUGCUCCUCGGGAAGUCCCUGGACAUAGCGCCAGGCGACAUGCUUGACAAGGUGGCAAGAAGACUUUCUUUAAUCAAACAUCCAGAAUGUUCUACAAUGAGUGGUGGGAAAGCUAUAGAACAUUUGGCCAAAGAAGGAAAUAGAUUCCACUUUACUAUCAAUCCACCCAUGCAGAAUGCUAAGAACUGUGAUUUUUCUUUUACGGGACUUCAACAUGUCACCGAUAAGCUAAUAACACACAAGGAAAAAGAAGAAGGCAUUGAGAAGGGGCAAAUCCUGUCAUCAGCCGCAGACAUUGCUGCUGCGGUACAGCACGCAACAGCGUGCCACCUUGCGAAAAGAACACAUCGUGCUAUUCUGUUUUGCCAGCAGAAAAAUUUGCUAUCUCCAGCUAACGCAGUAUUAGUUGUGUCUGGAGGUGUUGCAAGUAACUUGUACAUCCGAAGAGCAUUGGAAAUUGUAGCAAAUGCAACACAAUGCACUUUGUUGUGUCCCCCUCCGAGACUGUGCACUGACAAUGGUAUCAUGAUUGCAUGGAAUGGAAUUGAAAGAUUACGUGCUGGCUUGGGCAUUUUACAUGAUGUAGAAGACAUCCGAUACGAACCAAAAUGUCCUCUCGGAAUAGACAUAUCCAGAGAAGUUGCAGAAGCUGCCAUAAAAGUACCACGAUUAAAAAUGACACUUUGAUUUGUGACUGUAAAGGUCUCUACAGAUUGCUGUUGGAAGACAUGGUGAGAGUGAAGAAAUAACAAGUAAAAGCAACAACUAGUUCCUGAACUCACGUCUUACAUUUGGAUUUGCAUUUUGUAUGUAAUUAUGAAUUAACUACUUGUAGUUUCCUAAGGAUACUACUAUCAGUACACAUAAAUUAUGGAAGAAAAUUUACCAAAAUAUUUAUUAUGAAUACAUUCAUUUGGGACAGCCUCACUCUAGCUCAGGUAUGUGUAGAACUCACUGUACAGCUUACACUGGUUUGAAUCUCAGCAAACCUCUCGCAUGAAUCGCCCAGAUCUUUGGUUAAAUAUGGUUCCACCCGGUAAAGCUCAGGAUGUUAUCUUGACGCUUUUCUUAUCUAUAAUCUUGAAACAACCAAAUGAUAAAAAAUAGUCUAUGAAUUGAGGACAUCCUCCGCUUAAGGUUCAGGGAGCUCUCCAGAGGCAAGGUAGAACAUUUGUUAGAGCCAGCAGGUAUGAAAAUGGUGGCCCCCAGACACAACUGGACUGACGCACAUAUGACCUCAGGGAUGUGGCAGCACACACAGGGCCCGCACAGUCUCAAGCCAGAUCGGGCCGUAGUCCUCAGAUAUGAGAGUGGACAUAGACUCCCAUCUCUAACUAAGAAGCUGGCGUAACUGACAUCUUCUUGCAAUGAACAAUUUUUCUCCAAUGGAGUCUCACUGGGUAUAUAAACCCCACAUAAGGCUAGGUGGGCCUCAUGCCUUAGUUUGGACAUUUUUUGUUUUGUUUUGUUUUACUGGUCUUUUGCUUGUAUACUGUGGUUUCCACUUUUGUGCUUUUAUGGUGUGUAUGUUUUGUGUUCUUUUAAAUUCUAGUUUGUUUAGGGAUUUUGUUUUCCAGAUGCAAAGAAAAGGUACCCCUUGUAGAUAAUGGGAUCACUCUAGUUUCCGUGUAUUUGAAUUAUUCUCCCCGUGUACCUUAUGGGCAGUGAUUCCCGAUACUCCUGUGAAUAUUUAGACACUGUACACUUCGGGUCUCUCAGAAGUCUCACACAUUGAUAAGUAUUUGACAGCUGAAGUGUUGUAAGUGUUAAUAUGUGGGCUCUUAACUCAGCAUAUCAACUCAAAAAUGUUUCUAACUCUUGAGACGUAUUUUAGAUAUAUAGAUACACACACACACACACACACACACACACACACACAUAUAUAUAUAUAUAAUAUGUAUUAUUCUACUCAUGACAGUUGAUAAAUAUUAUAGGUAUAAGUACAGGCAUUCUACAUAGAAAUUCUAAUUUUUUUCAGGCAAUACCUGACGUGCGGUUAAAUUCCAUAUGAAACUCUGGGAAGAAAAUCUAUUCAGUAUUAAUAUAAAUAACUUCCAUUCAAACAACAACACAAAUUUCAUCCCCUGAAGAUGCUGUGUAUUUUUACCGCAAUAAAUAUCUGCUUUGAGAAAGACCAGUAAAGAAUCAUUUCAUGUUUCAAA